AUGUGUGCAAAAAAGUUUACGAAAUAUUGUGAUUUAAAUAAGGAUGGUGAAAUAAGUGCUCGUGAAUGGGUCACCUGUUUAGGUAUUGAUAUUUCCAAAUAUGCGCCAUAUUUCAUAAGCGGUAAUUAUUAUUUUAAAACAAUCGGUGUUUUUUGUUCGCUUUAUUUUAAAUUUAAGUUUCGCUUUUGGUAUGCAAUGGUUUGUGGUGAUGACGAAUGUGAGGACAAGGAAACGGAUGACCUUAGGUCGAAAGUUAAAUCAUCAUAUAACAUGUUUAACGCUCUUCGUCCUAAUUCAUCCAUUACUAACAGCAACAACAACAACAACAAUAACAAUAACAGCAACAACAACAACAACAACAACAGCAACAUCUCGACGGUACUUAAUGAUGGUUAUCAUAAGGGACAACAACAGCAGUCAAUAAAGAUACAGAAAAUGCAGGGUGAACAACCUAAUUUGUCCUAA